AUGCGACCAGCGGGGAAGACGACGGCUGCCACGGCGCACGCCCGAUCGGCCAGCCUGCCACGCGAACACCCGCACCCCGUGCUGGCGCACCUGGACGACAGCAUCCGCGCGCUCAGGUCAUGGUCGGCCAGAGCAGCUGCCGGUCAGUCCUCCGGCAUCGCCCUCGUCAAUGCCGUCCUGGCAGCGCUUGGUGAGCUCCUGGCGCUGCCGCAGGCUGUGGCGGCACUCCACACAGCCACCGCAGCCUGCGACCAAAUUCUCGAAAGGUUCCUUGUGCUUGUUGACGCCUACGGCACAUUCCUGUCGACGCUCGUCACGCUCAAGCAGUGCGUGGCGGAGCAGCAGGUCGGCACUAGGCGCAGGGACGGCAUGAUGGUCACUGCAUCGCUUCGUGCACACAGGCGGACAGAGAAGGAGCUGUGCCGCCUCGUCACCACGAUGCGACAUGCCGCCAGGGGCACGUUGAGGCCAUUGGAUACCACGAACAAUGAGGUGAUCAACAUUGUGGCAGAGGUUGGUGCGGCCACUGUGGAAGCAUCGGAGGCCAUCUUCAUGGAGUGUGCAGCAAUGUCACCGGACAUGCAAGUGCCUUCAAACAAGUGGCUGGCCAGGCUGAGCAUCAGGCCGUCCGCCAAGAAGGCAGCACCAGAGACAGCGAUGGUGGCGUUGGAGAGGCUAGAGAAGCUAGAGGAAUCCAUUGGUGGGCUGGAGACCGGGAGCGAGAAGGUUUUCAGAAGACUGCUGCACUCUAGAGUUUCACUUCUGAACAUCCUUACUCCCUUCUAACC